UCAUGGUUCUGGAGGGGGAGAGCCUCCCCUUCCGGCGAGCAGCGCAGGACAAGUUUGCGAAGGGAACGCCGGCAGGGACCUCUCUCCCCCUCCCGUCAUCCCGCUAGACCUUCGCUUGCGCCCGCGUUCGCCUCUGCCAUGCCUCUGUUUCUCUUGUCGGUGGAGGCCGUGCCUGCGGCGGUGGAGCCGACGCCCGCCCGCCGAAACGCAGAAAAUCGAGGUCGCCGCCGUGCAACGGUGCAAGUAUGUUCACUCCCUCCCUCUUCGUCCGUCGGUCCAACCAUACAGAGUCCAGUCCACCACAUCUCAAUCAAUCAGAGCAUGUCACCCCUAGUCCCUCUGUCAAGAGCAAGCUGUUGCUGCACAUCAAAUGCUUGUUGGAAUGCCCUGCCCAUCUUCUUGACAAAAUCAAGACCCGACCUGCAUUCUCAACAAUUCCCACUGACUAACUCUCUCAGUCUCUCGGCCCCAUGUUGUCAGUAGCACACCUAGCAAAGUAUCGCAAGUGUUGGACCAACUUCAUGGACGAACCAGUCUUUGCAGACCAUCUCUUUCUGGGUCUUGGUCACCUUAUCCUGUCAAUUCCCAUCCACAUGUUGUUCUAUCGCUGGGCUGUUGGUCUGUGAUGGAGGUUACAAGCAAGUCAACAGCAAGUCUACGCUGGGGGACACAUAUAGAGAAGGAAUGUGCACAAGACAAGAUACGCUGCAUUAGACAUGGCACCUGCAGGAACUCUCCGCUCUGUUUCUCCACAUGGCUUCCUCAUUCUCUUCACCCACCUUCUCAUCUUCAUGUCAUCCAACACCGUCGCAAAAUCCAUCAGCAACGGGUCCGAGGUCGACCGGCAGGCCCUCCUCUCCUUCAAGCGCGACAUCACCAGUGAUCCAAUUGGCGUCCUGCACUCAUGGAGGACCUCGGGAUCGAGCAGCUUCUGCAGCUGGAGAGGUGUCACCUGCGGUAUUACUCUUCCAACUCGUGUGAUCUCCCUGAACUUAAACUCUGCACAGCUCAGUGGUCAGUUAUCUCCUUGGAUAGCUAACCUUACGUCCCUAGAACGGCUAGACCUUUCAGAAAAUCGCUUCUCUGGAAGCAUUCCAGAUGAGUUAGGCACACUUCAACAGCUACAGUUUAUGAUCCUUUCAGCGAACAGCCUUGUAGGUAUCAUUCUUAGAUCACUAGGCACUAGUAGAUCUCUCAUACAUGUCAAUCUCACAGAAAACCGUCUUGUCGGUACUAUACCAGAUUUUCAUAGGUUGCCAGCCGUCCAAACUUUGAUACUGUCACAAAACCUCCUUGUAGGUAGCAUUCCUAGAUCUUUAGGCACUAGUAGAUCUCUUAAAAUUGUUGAUCUCUCUUUGAACCGCCUUGCUGGCCCUAUUCCGGAGUUCCAUAAGAUGUCAACCCUUGAAUUUCUUGAUCUUUCAAAUAACAACCUUUCUGGAAGCAUACCUUCAUCACUGGGAAAUGUUUCUUCUCUCAUAGAGAUACGGCUUGACACAAACAGGUUAUCGGGUUCAGUUCCAGAGACUUUGAGCCUUAUUCAGAACCUUAGUGCGCUGAGUUUAAGUUACAACUACCUGUCAGGGAACGUCUCCGCCAAACUAUGUAACAUGUCAUCACUCAUUUAUCUUCUAUUAGCCGAGAAUAUCCUUACUGGACGAGUACCAUCUUGCAUUGGAAACACGUUACAGAACCUUGAAUUGCUGUACAUGUCAGGUAACAAAUUCGAGGGAUUAAUUCCAUCAUCACUAGCAAAUGCAUCAAAGCUCCAACAGAUUGAUCUUGGAUACAACUUACUAGCUGGACCAGUCCCGUCCCUAGGAUCUUUAGCUGACUUGAGCGUUCUAAAUUUAGAAAGUAACUUCCUACAAGCUGAUGGUUGGGAAUUCCUUGUCUCUCUGACAAACUGUGCGCAACUUCAAAGAUUGGACAUGAAUGGAAAUGCCCUAAAUGGAAAUAUCCCUAUAGCAGUUGGAAAUCUUUCUAGAAGUUUAGAGCGUUUAAACCUUGGAAGGAAUCAAAUCAUAGGCACAAUACCAGUUGAGAUUUUUAACCUUCGAAACCUCCAAAUGCUUGCCAUGGAACAUAACUUGCUUUCCGGGGUUAUUCCCUCUGUUAUUGGGGAUCUAGAAGAGCUAAUUAUCCUAACCCUAUCAGGAAACAAAUUUUCUAGCCAGAUCCCAUCUACAAUAGGUAAUCUUUCUCGGCUGAACAAGCUUUAUCUAGAUAGUAAUGACUUGAGUGGGAAUAUCCCAGCAACUUUAGGAAAUUGCAAGCAACUGGCUAUGCUAAAAUUAUCUUUUAACAGCCUUGAAGGACCAAUACCAACUGAACUCACCAAUACUACUACCCUCCUCAGUUUUGAUUUGUCAAACAACAACCUUACAGGAUCAAUACCACUACAAGUUGGUGCACUGCUUCAACUUGUCCGUCUUGAUAUUUCCGUCAACAAAUUGUCUGGUCAAGUUCCACUAUCACUCGGCCAAUGUGUCCAACUAGUGUCUCUAAGAUUGAAAAGGAACAUGCUUAAUGGAAGCAUACCUCAAUCUUUCAGUAACCUGAAGUCCACCUAUCAGAUCGAUCUUUCCCAGAACUCCCUUGUUGGACAAAUUCCCGAGUUCUUUGCAAACAUGAGUUAUUUGCAGCAACUUGAUUUGUCUAUGAACUACUUUGAUGGGCCGAUUCCAACUGGUGGCAUCUUUCAGAAUUAUAGUGCAGUAAUCUUGGAUGGCAAUGCAGGGCUGUGUGCAAGUGCAACCACCACCUUAUUCGAUUUCCCACUUUGCUCCACAACGUCAGCUAUUGAGAGCAAGAAUGCACCCCUAUUGGUGAAAGUAAUUCCUCCAAUUGCUAUUGCCUUGGUCUCCUUUAUAUGCUUUGUGGUCACUCUUCUGAAGAGAAGACAAGCAGAAGCAGCUCCAUGCUACAAGGAGACAAUGAAGAAGAUUUCUUAUGGUGACAUUGUUAAAGCUACCAACUGGCUUUCUCCGGUUAACAAGAUCAGCACAAGUCGCACCGGUUCGAUCUACAUUGGAAGGUUUGAGUAUGACACCGACCUGGUCGCCAUCAAGUUAUUCCAUCUCCAGGAGAAUGGCGCUCGUGACAGCUUCGUUACUGAGUGCGAGGUGCUGCGAAACACCCGCCAUCGCAAUCUUGUCAAAGCUGUCACCGUAUGUUCGACAGUGGACCUAGAGAACAAUGAAUUCAAAGCUAUAGUUUUUGACUUCAUGGCCAAUGGAAGCUUGGACAUGUGGCUGCACCCGAAGCUACACAACAAUAGCCCCAAGAGAGUACUGAGCUUGGGCCAGAGAUUAAGAAUAGCGAUGGACGUUGCGUUGGCUUUGGAUUAUAUGCACAACCAGUUGACGCCCCCUCUAGUCCACUGCGAUUUGAAGCCAGGCAAUGUUCUUUUGGACUACGACAUGACCGUGAGAGUUGGUGAUUUUGGGUCAGCGAGGUUUCUCUCUUCAGUUCCUGGUAGUCCAGAAGACUUGGUUGGUGUGGAAGGAACAAUUGGAUACAUCGCACCUGAGUAUUGUAUGGGAUACAAAGUCUCGCCAGGAUGUGAUGUAUUUGCUUUUGGAAUCCUCGUUCUAGAAAUGCUCACCGGAAGGCGACCGACGGAUGCAAUAUUCACCGAUGGCCUGAGCCUGCACAAGCUUGUGAGUUCAGCAUUUCCAGGCAGACUUGGAGAGGUUUUAGAUCCCCAUUUGUCCCACGGUCACACGCAUCCGUGUGACAGAGUGUUUAUGCGGAGAUAUAUGGUACCCUUGGUUGAAGUUGGCCUCCUUUGUUCUAUGGAAUCGCCUAAAGAUCGACCGGGAAUGGGAGAAGUCUGUGCCAGAAUUUUGUCUCUGAAAGAGGCGUUCUUUGAGUUCUGCUGAUUAUCCUGCAGAUCUAGUACAUGUUCUUGAAUAAGAGUAUAAGGUGUGAAUAUCUUUGCUGUAAAAAUUGGUUCUACAGACCACAUUUUAGUGCGGGAAGAUCAUCAGAAAUCUAGUUAUUCAAAAAUUUAAUUCCUAGAAAGAGUACAUGUUCAGUAUUGGAGCUCCCUAUGUUGGAAAAAACUGGUGUAUUCUAUUAGACAUGAUAUUUUAGAAGCUGAGUUCAUGUGAUCCCAA